GMUUGACCACAAUUCCGACCGUUAUUUUAAAAAUGGAAUAUUUAGAAACGYUAGAUCUGUCUGACAACAACAUAACUUGUAUUCCUGCUGAAAUCGAGAGUCUCCGAUCAUUGCACACUUUGAAUGUUUCAAGAAACAAUAUUACUCGUGGUUUUAACUAUCUCAUACAGAUGGAAAAGCUUAUGGAAUUGAAUCUACRAGGAAACAACUCUUUACAGCUGACUUUGUCUCCAGAUAAAACGAUAAAUAUAGUGAAAUUAGAAGUCGACGAAGAAAUURUGAAGAAAAUGGACGAUGUAACUCGAAAUCUGAUUAAGGACAUCACUGUAUCAUCAGAGCAGGACAUCUUUGUAAUAAAGUAUUUGCCAGUACACGCUCCUCCUGAAAUCGAAAGUAUGAGAAAAAACAGAUCUGGAGAUGUCUACAAAAUGACUUCGAAUCCGAAAGGUGUGGCUUUAAUAAUAAUAAAUAAUAACAUUUUCAUUGAUCGUGAUUCUGAAAUAAACCGAGUAGAAAAAAGCAUGAAAAAACUUUUUAAAUUGUUCCAAAACAUUGGCUAUGAUGUCGAAGAAUUUUCAGAGCGCUCAAUAAAUCAAGAGCUCUUUUCAGAGAUUGCUACUUUGUUCAAGAAAUACUCGCAUUUGGAUUCUGCGGUAUUGAUAAUCAUGACUACUAGCAAAGAAUUGCAGACAAUAAAGGAAAUUGCCAAAUGUAUGCAUGGCAGUCUGCAAGGAAAACCAAAGCUUAUUUUCAUCCUCAAACACGGCAAGUUUCAGUCACACAAGGAGGACUUAACCAGUUUGGAAACAGAAUGCCCCGAUACAGCUGUUGCCUAUUUGGAAUCGGCUGGUAGAUACAUUACUGAAAGUUUGGUCGACCCUGAGGUCUCUUUCAUCAAUGCUCUGGUUGAUGUGUUUUCAAAUCAUGCCUGGAAAGAAGAUGUUGAAUCGCUACUGAAUCGUCUAAAGUCUGAAUCCAAGAAAAAUUUAGAUGGGAAAACCGUCUCGUUUUCUUGUAAACUGAGCCUUGUUAAGAAGUUCUACUUUUACCCAGGGUACUUUCCAGAAAAUGAUCAAACCAGAAACAAUCAGCAUCGCAAAGAAACAUCAGCAUAACGGGAAUUAUAGCAAGCAUGGACACGAUAUGGUCACUUACAAUCAUGUAAACGUAAUACCCGUUAAAACUGGCGGGUUUUGCAGCGCUUUUUGUGGUCACUUUGAUGCAAGAGAAUUAUAUGUUAAAGAAUUAACCUGUAAACUUUUAUUCAAUACACUGAGAUGAGCUAACAAAAGUCUCCUCAAAAUAAUAGGACAAAAUCUAUUGCAUUUUUUAAAUAUCGCCCCAAAAAUUGCAGCAAAAAUCGCCAGUGUUAACGGGCCUGUAGACUAAACGCAAAUAUUGAAAUUAUACUAACCUCUUUGUGCUAUUUUCUGUAAUGGUGCUUAAUCAAAGUAAGUUCGGCUCCAGUUGCAGAUUUAGUGCAGUUUUCUUGUUUUUAUUUUGUGAUUAAAUGUGGUCAAUAUUCCUGCAUGUUGAUCUCUAAAUCGAAGAAAAAGAAAAAUGUUUGUAAAAAGGGAAUAACGAACUAGAGUGAUUUCUUGAAAUGGAAGCAGGCAAUCAGCGCCGGCCAAGCGAACAUGCUCAACUUGUUAAUGGGCCAUGGUCCACCAGCAUUCAAUGCGGUCGUGUUUUAGAUUUUUCAUACAUGGAAAAUGAGGUGACUUCAAAUAUCCAUUCGCAAUCCGUUUCCAUCCAUCGGUUUAAAGAUCGAAUCUUA